AUGGACCUUAUAAAGAAAGACUGUGGACCCUGUAAAAAAAGAGGGAAGCCCAUAGAAAAAAUUGAAACAAAACUCCAACUCUAUGACCUUAAAAAAGAAGUUGAACAUUUAAAAAAAGCGAACAACGGGCAGGAGCAAAUUCAAAAUGAUAUGAAAAAGAAACGAAUAAAGAUUUUAAUACAAGAAUAUUAUAUACUUUCAAGUGAUUUAAUACAAGCUAUCCACAACUCUUUAAUUUCAAUACCGGAAAUUGAUGAAACUUAG